UAGGAGAGAACAGUGACGGUCAUCUUUCAGGAAGGGUCGAAGAACCUACCCAAGAAGAUUAAGGAAGAGGUCAUUCGGGCGUUCGAAGACAUAUGGAUGGGAGAAGGAAGGUUUGACGUGGCAAUCACUCGAGGACGUGUCUGCAUCGAAUCCAGCAAUGUCCUUUCUUCUAUAGCGAAGGACACAAGAGUCACAGAAUGGAUGAUCCAAGAAGGGGAAACCAGAGUGGCGCUAAGGGGAAGAUGGUACAGUAUCGCGUUUAAGCCCUGGCUUACCAAGAAGGAACUGCAAGAUGCAAGGAAGGAAGCGUCACAAAAUUAUUUUUGGAUCAAGGUACUAGACGUUCCCAUCGAUGCGUUUUGCUAUCUCGAGUCUGCAGCGGAGCACUUGAUUGGUCAGGUUCUCAAGGUUUAUCCCUCGGAGCGGGACGCGAGGACACCUCAGCUUAUCAACGUGAGAAUGGACAUGGCCUUGGAGUCGCUCCCGAGGUUGAAGGAGUCUAUCUCGUUUACAACCUUUCAAGGUCAACUGAUUGAGUUGAAGGUAGCCAACGCGCAGACCCCCUGGUGCACCCGGUGUCGUCGUUAUUUCCAUGUGUCUGAUAAUUGUACGAGACAAGGGCGAAGAAGAGCUCCAAGCCCUGCCCCAAGUAGUUCUUCAUCAUCACGGAGCAGCUAUCACUCAGGAAGCCGUGGUGGUCGCAGGAGUGGCGGAAGGCCCCCUUCGCCGGCGGGAUCGGCAGGAAGACGUUCUGCAUCACCUCCCAGGUCACAUAGUAGGGAGGAAGGAAGACCUGAGCAACCUACAUAUUCAGGCCCCCUGAGACCUUUGGGAGGAAGUUCGCAUUCAGCACAGCCAGGAGCGACAGGGAUGUCGGUUAGAGAUAACCCAUCCUUCUCACCGUUCGUCAGAGGAGAGAGGAAGGAAGCAGAGGGUAGCUCCCCGCGGGCGGAAGGAGCAACGGGCGUACGGUCGAUGGUACUGGGCGAAAACGAGGAUAGGAACUGUGUUUUCACGCCAUGGAAGGGUUUGGGUGGAGGUGAAGUGGCAACUUCGUCGAGAAACCCUCAAGGCCCUUUGGGAAGGGUGAAUGCAUCGGCAAGUUCAAGUCAAGGUCCAAGGUUGGAGACGACCCCCACGAAGCUACGCAGAAGAUUAAGCGAAGACAUGGGGGCUGUUAGGAUUGCGGAGGAGAUCGAAGCUGAACCCUCAACGUCAUCAACCCCAACGCAGCCGAAACCCUCGGCCCAUGGCUCCCUCAAAAGGAAUCGUCGUCAGACGACUAACUCCAAGAGUGGGGAUCGAGAUUGGGAAAAGCAUUUGCUCCCUUUGCUGUUCGUUGCAACGGCUGAAGGAAAUAAGGUUGUGGAUGCCAAUGAUGAAGUGACAUCCCUGAAGAAGGAAGUUGAGAAGCUUCGGUUACAAGCCAGCAGUUCGUGUAACGAAAUCAGGAAUGGUGGUGGUCGUUCCAACAGGAAUGACGAAGUGAUUGCACGUAUGAUGCAGGAGCAUGAGGAAAUGAAAGCUAAAGUAGAACAGUUUGCGGUGACGGCGAGACGAAUUCAGUCAUUGGAAGAGGAAAUCAAGUCACUUAAACAAAUGCGUGAAGAUGCUUUGAAGGAAGGCAAGGAUUGGAGGAAGGAAGCUUUGCGACCUGGGAACAAGCAUGGUUGUGUCGCUAUGACGCCAGAUUCCAAGCUGAGGAGUCAUCCGCCGACAGUAUCGGCGAAGUCGGUUGCAAAACCUGCGGGUGAUCCAACGGAGCAGGCGCAGUUACAUAGAUUAGAGGUGGUAUCGUUGAAGGAACUACGCCUACAGGAAUUGAAUCGGCGCAGGGAGGCAGAGCAAGAGCUUGAGAAAGCGAAGGAAGUUAUCGCACGCAUGGAGGCAGAAAAAGCUCGUCAGAUACCUUGUUCCGAUUUGCGAGAGCGAAUGGAGGAAGUUGAAGGAUGUUCUGGACUGCGAACUCGGAGGGAAAGCAGAAGGCUACGUCCGGACUGGCAGAUGCCAAGGAGAAUGACCGGGAAGGAUUUAUCAAGGAAGCGAAGCGUGAAUUUCGCAAUUUGAAGAAAGAUGAUGUGAUGAAGAUCUGUGCAAGAGAAUGUAUGAAGUAUACCACUCUACAGCAGA